AGAAAAAGUGAGCAGAUGACUUUGCGAGCACCUAAGAUGCAAUCGAGUUUGAAAACAAAAGUACUUGACAACAGUUAGCAAUAACACAGACUUGAGAUUAAAACAAUUAGAUAACGGAUACUUUGUAAUGGGUUUACAGCACUGAAGUUUAUAGGUUGUCUUUACCAACGCAACAUUGGUCACACAGCUCCUUGACCUUCAAAUGCUCAGUCAACUCCACACGAGUGUCGCGGACACAAGCAGUUUCCGAGGCUUAAGUGGGACGGGGGUUAAGUCUUUUGUAUACUUUAUGGGCGUAAAUGAAUUUAUACGUAACCGUAUUUAUAUAUAUAUAUAUAUUUCGGGAAGCCCAUGGUCACUAUAAAAGACCUACACGUAAUAGAAUUCGAAGUUUUUGCCACAACAAAAGUAUCGUUAAAGUUUCUCUGGCUAAACUAGUUGUAAAGGCCUGGAGAUCAGAAGUCGACUUUACAGUAGGUUAAUGAACUGGGAUGUAAAGAUCCGGUUCGUCAUCUAGUGCCCUUUUUUGGUAAUUUAUGGUGCUUACAAUUUUCAAAACCUUUCUGAUAUAAGUGCUAUCAAAAUUUGUGAAAUAUAUGGGUUGUCUAAAUAAAGUAAGACCAGUUAAAUCUAAUUUCCUGUUAUAUACUUUACUGGUAACUCCUUAAAAACAAGUUCUCUAAUCCCUCAUAACUCGAGCCAAGCGAUCCAAGGCUCGUCUAUAAAAUCAGAAACAAAUUUUUGUAUGACAAAGCAAUCUCUUCUCUUCGGAUGUAGACGCUCAAAAUACUUUGCUUUUUACAAAAUCUGAGACAUUGCUGUUCAUGGUGUUCGUUCUUCGAUUUCAUCCCAUAAAGUGGUAGAACAAAAGUGUUUGCCUUUGCACUUAUUUACUUCAUAUAUUUCUUUUUAAAGCAAUGUGUAACUUAUUAGCUUCCUAAAUAGGACCUAGAAACAGUACUCCGCAUUGAUUGCGUUGUGCUAGAUGCAUCACCCCGACAGAAGAUCUACACUUACGUAUGUUUGCAUCUAAUUUCGUCAAGCCCUUCAAACUAACUUUUUUAACUAACAGUGCCAUCCAAAGUUACAAUUUGUAUAUGUUUGUUUUAUUACUAUAUCUGUAUGCUUAACCACAUGUUACAGCCUACUCACAUCGCUCUUGCUAGCUAAAAUAUCAGUUGCUUAAAUCUCUCGAUGAAUCAUUCGUCUUCCUACAUAUUUGCACUUAAACCUUAUUAAUUCAUUCAACUCCCAAUUCACUUUUGUAUUUACUUGCUCGCUAGCGCUAGCGUUUCUGCUCAGAACCGCUUUGUGUACUUGUGGCUUGGUGAUAUUCUCUGUUCAAUGACAAAUUGUAGUUGACGCUUCGUAUUGUCUAUUGUAACUUGUACACCGUCGCGAUUUAUUCAAGAACGGUUAUCGAGAAAAUUGAUAUAUAAAGCCUUAAGAAUUGUGUCAAAGAUAAUCCACUACAAGUUCUACUAUUCGGUGGUAAGUAGGCUCACCCAAAUCACCAUUUACUGGUAAUCAACGUCCAUUCAAAGUACUUAUAAAGAAUAGUGGGAACUUGUCUGGACUCUUGCUAUGGUUGACCAGUGAAAAUAGUCAGGAGGACCGUUUGCCUGGGAGCCUUUGUGAAUGUUACUAGUGGCUUGGCAAAUGGGAUCACACUCAUUCCCAAUAAUAUAAAUAGUCCCGAGGUACAAAGUCGUGUUUAAACAUACUAAUCAGGCUACUCCAAUCGUUACAACUACCAAAUAGUAUUCACUAAAAAUGAUAACUCCGUUUUAGAUUCUAAUUUUAUCCAUAUAUCUUUGUUGGAUGGUUACAAAAGUUCAUGUAGUGGAUUUUUAGCUUAGUGUCCCUCUUAUCAGCAGAUGUUGGCAUAUUAUCUCAAUCCAAUAAUUCAAGUGUCACUUUACUUCUAUGGGAAUAUGGUUUGCACAAAAUAUCUGAGGGUGCUUAGUUUUUUAAUACCAGCUUAAACUAAGUUUCCAUUGAUAACUUUCUGUAUUAAGUACACUCUGAUUGCCAUUCCAAAGCUGCACAAAUAUACAAAUGUUUUUUUAAACCCAAAACUGGUCCAUGUAAAUUGAUUUAGUGUAAUUGUCAGCAAAAAAUCUGUUCGUAAUAGUCAGGAGCAGUUAAUCACCGAUAAAAAUACACUAGUCCAAGAAUCUAGUCAUCCUAACUGUUACUAUCAAGCAACUAUUAUUAGAAAGAUGGAUGUCGUUCUGCUGCAUAUUUAUGGCAGCUUCAAAGUGAGGUCAUUCACGCCAAUUCCUUACCUACGUUACUACCAGAAAUUCUUUCGAAAAGUCACACUAACUUUUCCAUUCACCUGCUUUAGGAGUUCAUAAGUAGGUUCUUAGCGCUGGUGUUUUCUAAUAUAUUUAAUUUUUGGUUUUAAUUUAAACUUUUAUUCAAAGCAAGUUAGUAAGUUUUCCGUCCCUAUUUACUUAGUAUUCGGUACUAGCAACGUAACUGGUCAGUGAUUCGUUUUUUACAGUUCUGAUCAAAAUAAGUGAAUCAUUUAUUUUCCACUUGUGGUUUUAGACAGUCAAAGCUAUUACGACGAUCCUGCAAACAACUCUAAAGAUGGGUAAACAAAAAGCCAAAAAAAUUGAAGACACAAGUCUUAAAGAUAAUCCUAAUGACUCCACAUUUGAAACAGGAAAAUCACCUAAAACACCGAAAAUAGAUGCACAUAAGCACCAUAAUGAAGUCAAACCUGUCAAUCACAAUGACCACAACGCAUCUCUGUCAUCUAAUAAAAUCAAACAAAAAAAUGAAGCAGUUAUUGUAAAAGGGUCUAAAAAAGAUAAAAAGCUUAAACGGAAGCACAGUCUCUCUGAUGCUCGGAGUGAUAAUACUAUUCUUGAUAGUACUGGGCUCAAGUCUGAAAUGAAAAAGGAAAGUGCAUCAGAAUCACCGCUAAAAAAGAAGAAACAUAAUUCUACGUCUAAUGGUCGGAACGAAUGUGAUUUAAAUAACAAAAUUGCUUGUUAUGGAGUUGAAACACUUCGGCUCAAAACAAAUAACAAAGAAACUUCUUUGGAAGACAAAAUACAGAACCUUUGUUCUGUGUUGGAUGUUCAUCCUAAGAGCACCUCUGAUGACCAGAAAGCACCAGAAAGAUCUAAGGAAGCCAAACUCAGAAAAAAUAAAGCUGUAAAUAAGUCAAAAAGAAGGAAAAUAAAAGAGAACGUUUCCUCGUUAGGAAUUCAAAGCCAAGGUAUUUCUUCUGACCAAACAGUAUCCAAUACAUCUAAUGAAAGUAAGUUACUAGAUGAUAUAAAAGUAUCGUGUAACUCAUCGAAACCCAAAAAGUGCAAACAGAAUGCUCCGCGCAAGAUUGAAAAUGGAAAGUGGUAUCACGAAUUUCAACUUUCUAAUGACGAAGAAUAUUUCACGAGUGAUGAAAGUUCUAUUGAAGUAGACAACUCACAAAGCCGAAGUCUCCAACGUCAACAUAGACGACUGUCUAAUGAACGUUUAUCAAGAACUAUAUUCGUUGGCAAUUUACCAUUGAAUAUUACCAAAAAAAGAAUAGAAGCUCUAUUUAAUAAUGUGCUCAAAAAUAAUAAAAUUUCAUCUUCAGAUUGCUGUGUAGAAUCUGUCAGAUUUCGUGGUGUCAUUCCAGUUACUGGCGGUACUAGUAGAUUAGCACGAAAACGUGCUGCUAUCACGGGUGAAUUUUCAGGUGUUUCCAAAUUUCGUAUGGGUUAUGUUGUUCUAACAACAAAGAUCGGUAUACCGAUUGUACUUUCGUUAAAUGGAUGCUGUUUAAAUUCGAAUGGUUUUAUUGCGAAUCCGGAAGAAUCAAUAAAUGUAAUUGAUGAUAAAACUGAAUCUACUAAUAAUAGUAGUAGUAAUAAUAAUACUAAUGACGUAUAUCAUAUUCGAGUUGACAAAGCAACUGAUAAUGACAAAACACAUUGUAAACUAGAUAAUUGUGUUUUUGUGGGCAAUCUGCCAUUCGAUUGUACUGAAGAAGAGAUUUACAGUACUUUGUCUACAUUAGGCUCAAUUGAAAGUGUUCGUCUAAUACGUGAUUCUCAAACUGGUGCUGUACGUGGAUUCGGUUAUGUAACAUACAACGAUCCAUCGAUUAUACCAUUAGCUAUACGUUCAUCGAAUACACUGAGUAUACGUGGGAGACAAAUAAGAAUUAUGGAGUAUAAAGUGAAGAAAAUUAAAAAUAAAGAAGGCUAUCAACAGACUAAAUUUCAUCAUCAUCGUCAUGAUAGAUUUAAUAAAAUAUUCAAUACUGAUCCGAAGAAAAAGGACAAACGAGAAAAAAAAGCAGUGAAGAAGGAAAAGAUGAAGGAAAAACACCCAGUCAAAUUAACUCAUAGCAACACUGAUGAUAGAAAUAGUAGAAAGAUGUCAAAAAAUGAUAAAAUGCUUUCUAAGAAAAAACAAAGAAAAAAAUUGAAUAAUAUAAAAAUAAACGAAAAAUAAACUGGUUGGAAACUACGAAAUUAAUAAUGUGAAUGUGUAUAUGUAUAUUUAAAAUAUAAUUUAAAUCACAAAUUAUAUCAUGUACAUAAUGUAAUGAUGCAUAUUGCGUCAAAUAAAUAACUGAUUGUAAUUAAACUUUGUAUAUGUGGAUUUAGAAUUCACCAUUCAAUAUAUAUAUUGUUCGCACUUCCGAAAUCAGUCAGUUAGCGAUGUAGAGUGACUGUGGCUAACUUUGUCAAUUUCUAAUACAGACCAAGUAUCUACGAUCGUUUCUACCUUGCCACAAGAAAGGGAAAACUUGUUUUGAAUUUCAUGUGGGGUCGUAUUCGUGAAUAGUUUCACUUUUAGACAAGAUUGAUAUUUAUUGCCCCAACCUGUUAUCAAUGGCUCUUUAGUCAAUCUUAGCCCAUAGAGAAAUUUGUAUCCAAAAUUACGGCAACAUAAUCACAAUCUGAUUUUAUUAUUGAAUAUUCUUCGAUAUUUUAAAUUUGAUUGAUCUCACGCCUCGAAGUUUGCCAUAAAUCAACAAUGAAUUAAUCAACGCUGUAAAUGGUGCACUGUUGAAUUCCGAUCAAAAUUUCUACUUAAUCUUCAGAAUUAUUCUUAUGAUUAGUUUAAUACAUUUAUUUUAAAUAUCCAUGUUCAAGUAAAAUCGAAAACAUAAAUUUUGUUAUUGGAAACGAUCUGAGAUCUCGAAUAUAUUCCAUGAAAAUGUCGAAUCGUUAAAGCAGGAUAAACAACCUAUAUUUGAAUAUUGCUUAGGCUAAUAUGUUUAGUGGUGGCAAUUUUUUAUGUCAUUACUACUCUUCCAGAUAUGACAUUAAUGUCUUAUCGUGCAUAUAAAGAAGGAAUAAAACGUCAUCGUAAUAUACACAAAUGAAUCAAUCUAGCAAAACUUCGUGGUUGAAAAGUUCGACUUUCCAAUCUAACCAUUUUACAGCAUUAAGUAUUACAUGUGUCGAUACCAAGGUUUAACUUCAAAAAUUUCAAGUGAUUUGAGCAUUGGGUGUAAAGUUAGUAACGAAAUAUUAUAUUUGUAAUAUCGUAACUGAUAGAAAUUUGGAUUUCUGACGUAUUUAUGUACUUUGAAGAAAUGGCUCACACUACGUCAAGAGACUACAAAUAUCUUACUUUAUUGGUACGAAGUGUGAUUUUGAUGGAGGUCACGUAACGAAGUGAAUGUUAACAGUAACUUCACAUGAUAUUACUCUUAUACUAGGUCUUGGUAUCCAACACUAUCUUUUGUUUAUGGGGAGAUAUAUACCUGAUAGUAUGGUAUACUAGCUGGUAACCGGUUAAAUGUGUUUGGAGAAGUUAUUAGCAUGGUAUUAUGAAGCAUUUUACAAUUGAGGAACAUAUGGAACUCAAAACAAC